AUGAGUUCCCUGGUAGCGCCCGCCCGAGGCGGGUCAUCAACCGCAUCAGGUCGGUCCUCCAUUAUCGACUCCUUACGCAACUGCACUUUUUCCGGCGUUAUGAUCCAUAAAGAGGAGCUGAAGAAGAAAAUUAUGAUGCCGGAGUACUUAAGGCUUGCCAUGAAGGAAGCUAUUCAAGCCAAGGAUGAUGAAGCCGAUACUAUUAGUCAGCUUUUCGAAAAGGCUCGUGCGGUUGGAGCCGAGCCGCCUCAGAUUCCAGAGUCUCCGUUGGUUGUUUUUAUUAACUCCAAGAGCGGUGGGCGUCACGGACCUAAACUAAAGGCCCGACUUCAGAUUCUCAUGGGCGAAGAACAGGUUUUUGACCUCUCAUCGGUGAAGCCUCAUGAAUUUGUUCAAUAUGGAUUGGCUUGCCUGGAGAAUUUUGCUAGGCUUGGAGACACCUGUGCUAAAGAGACUCGUGAAAAACUAAGGGUUGUGGUUGCAGGAGGUGAUGGUACUGUUGGGUGGGUCCUUGGGUGUCUAGGAGAACUUAACAAACAAGGACGACUUCCAGUUCCACCGGCUGCUAUUAUUCCUUUAGGUACAGGAAAUGAUCUGUCCCGGAGUUUUGGUUGGGGUGGGUCUUUCCCAUUUAACUGGAAAUCAUCCAUAAAAAGAACUCUUGACAGAAUAGGCAAUGAUCCUACUUGUUAUCUGGACAGUUGGCAUGUCUUAAUAUCAAUGCCAGCUGAGGGGGACUUGGAUAUACCUUAUUCUCUCAAGGCAACAGAAGAAACACCUCUUGAUCAGGAACUGGAAGUUGAAGGAGAGUUGCCGGAGAAGGUUUCUUGUUAUCAGGGAGUCUUUUAUAAUUAUUUCAGCAUAGGAAUGGAUGCCCAAGUUGCGUAUGGUUUCCACCAUUUACGCAAUGAAAAACCUUAUCUGGCUCAGGGUCCUAUUUCAAACAAGUUAAUUUAUUCGGGAUAUAGUUGCACGCAAGGCUGGUUCUGCACACCAUGUACCAGUGAUCCUGGAUUACGGGGACUGAAUAACAUCUUAAGAAUAUACAUCAAGAAGGUGAAUUGUUCAGGAUGGGAGCAAAUCCCAGUCCCAUCAAGUGUGAGGGCUAUAGUUGCUCUAAAUCUUCCUAGCUAUGGAAGUGGAAGAAAUCCAUGGGGCCAUCUCAAGCCAGAGUAUUUAGAGAAGAGAGGAUUUGUUGAUGCCCAUGCCGAUGAUGGUUUCUUAGAAAUUUUUGGUCUGAAACAAGGGUGGCAUGCUUCAAUGGUUAUGAGUGAGCUUAUCUCCGCCAAACACAUAGCCCAGGCUUUGGCAAUUAGGUUUGAGCUGAGAGGAGGAUCAUGGAAGAAGGCAUAUAUGCAGAUGGAUGGUGAACCGUGGAAACAACCAAUGGACAAGGAGUUUUCGACCUUCGUAGAACUUAAACGGGUACCAUUUCGCUCGCUUAUGGUCAAAGGACAGUAA